AUGUCAAGUAUUCCAGGAUUGGAUGAUUUUGAAAAUAAUAAUCCGUUUGCUGAGCCAACGGUUGAAAGUCCCCAACAAAAUACAACGAUUCAAGAAUCAGAACAUGCACAGGAGGAAGAUAGUAUAACUCAACCAUCACCACAAGCACAACCACAGUAUGUUUAUGCAGAUCCUGACCAGUUACAGUACUCACAACAAGAAACCAAUAGCGAGGCUGUUCAAGAGUACCAAGAACAAUUAACCGAGGAAGAACUACGUAAAUUGAUACCUGAAAGAUUUACAAAGAAAUAUCUGAUUGAAAUUAAGCUCACAUCUAUUGAAAAGAACAAGAUCGGGAAUCCAAUAUUGAAGUUUGAUGCUGCAAUUAAAGGAUUACCAAGAUUUCGUCAAGACAAAUAUAAGGAUAUUAGAAGAACAUACAGUGAGGUUACCAAAUUUAAUAAUUAUUUAACCAUAUCUAAUUUGGAAGUAUUUGUCCCAGUUAUUCCCCAAGCAAUCACAUCAUAUCCCACUGGAGGUGAGGAUGAAACCAAACAGUUGAUGAGUGUCUGGCAAGAAUGGUUUAAUAGAAUAUGUUCGAAUCCAAUCUUAAUACGAGAUGAAGAGUUUGUUUAUUUUAUUGAGAAUGAUUUUGGGUAUUCAGUGAUAAACUCUGGAAGAAAGACUUCUGUGGCAAGUGGAUUAGUACGUAAGACUUUAAAGCAGUUGGCAGUUCCAUAUGAUCCCUACCAAGAAUUAGCUGAGUUUAGACCAAUAAUCAAAGCAUCAUACUUAUCCUGUCAAAAAUUAUAUAAAUUAUUAGAUAAAAAUAAUAGAAUUGAGAAACAGUUAGCAAUUCAUAUUAAUGAUUUAUCCAUAAAAUUAAACUCCUUAUCACAAUUUGAAGUCAUUCAUCCAGGUAUGAAGAAUAUGUGGGAGAAAAUAUCAAAAAUCAUACAAAUUCAAUCGGAUUUAACUCUUGUUGAACUGAUUAAUAACAUGGGAACAUUAGGAGAUGGAAUUCAAAAUUUAAUAAAUGAUUUCUAUCAAAUUAAAGAAGCAUUGACUAAUCGACAUUUAAUUAUGAGAGAAUUAUUACAGGCCGAAGCACAAACUAAAUCUAAGCAUUAUCAAGCAACAAAAAUUAAGAAUAAAUCUUCGUUAGACCCAUUCAAAGUUGAUGAAGCCAUAAGAUCAUUAGAAUACGCAACAAAAGCAGAAGAGUCAUUGAAUUUACAAGUUAAAAGAAUAUCAGGAGAAAUGAUUUAUGAAAGACAAGAAAUUACUCAAUUUACCGAAUUAAAAUUUCGAAAAAUGUUGAAACUGUUUACCUUACAUAAAGUUGAACACCACCGUAAAAUUCUCAAACAUUUGGAAAACAUUAGAUUAGACAUCAGAAUAAUUGACGAUAAGGGUGGAUUAUCGAGAUUGAAUAGAGAUAAUUUGACUAGUUUAAAACAUAACUUGACACAAUCACAAUCUGCUAAUGGGGACUCAUGGACCUCAAGGACAUUCAGAAGUUUGAAUAAAGAACAAGAGGAUCAAGAAAAGGAGCAAGAUGCAGAAAAAGAAGGUGAUGAUGAUGAUGAUAAAGAUGUUGUUGAUGCCAAAAAUGCAGCAAGUCUCCUAGGGGUAGCAACUUUUUAA